AUCCCCAGCCCCACCUUGCUGUUGGGUGUGUGCAUUCGACUAAAUCGCGUUUCAAUUGUUUUUCUUAUUUUUUAUAAUAUUAAUAUUUAUUUUUCUUGGGAACCAAGUGCCUGCGUUCACAAUGCGUAAUUUGGGCAAACAGCAGUCGCAGGAUACAACCGACACGAGUGUGGAGAAGGGCGACUAUCCACGAGCGACAAAUGGAGUUGUUUUUGGUGCAAUUGUGACAUUCGCCAGCUUCUUUGUGCUGAUGAUGUCCUUUUGCUCGCCGUAUUGGAUUGAAUCGUACGAGGAGACACGCAGCAGUUUUAAGAAUAUGGGCCUCUGGCAAUAUUGCUUUAAGAAUUUCGUGUAUCCAAAUUACCAAUUCCCCAAGCAAUUCACCGGAUGCCAUUUGAUAUUUUCCCAUGACUAUUAUGUUAUACGAGAAUAUCUGCUGCCUGGCUGGCUGAUGGCUGUUCAGGGCUUUGUGACGAUGUCCUUUAUCAUUGUGUUCGCUGUACUGACCCUGCUCUCGCUGACGAUCAUUCGCCUGCCUCUCAAGGCUGUGCUGCAAUAUGAGUGGCUUCUGGUGCGACUCUCCUACAUAGGAACAGCCAUAUCAUCUCUGUUCAUGUUUCUGGCGGUGUGCAUAUUUGGUGGGUGCGCCUAUCGUCGCGACUGGUUGAUGUAUCCGAAAUUCAAUGUGCUUGGCUGGUCGUAUGCCUUGGCUGUUGUCACCUUUAUGCUGCUGGGCUUGGCUGCCCUCAUUUUGCAGCGGGAAUCUCGGCAGGCAUACGAGGCGCGUGGCGAACAGAAGAAUCUUGUUAUGCAGAUGGAAAUGCAAGAGCCGGGCUAUCAGCCACCGCGUCAUCAUCACAGUCAAUCCCGCAGCCUGCAGGGUUACAUAUAGUAGUAGUGCCACAAUUCACAUAACUCAACUCAACUCGAACUUCAAUUAAUUCCAUAUAUAUAUUAUUUUUUUUAUUAUCAGACAAUUAUUCUUGAUGCCGUCCUCUCUAUUAUUUACUUUUCACUUGACCUUAAUAUGCUUAUUUGUUCAAUGUUAGCAAAACGGAAUCUCUCCAUAUUUUUAAUAAGUGCCUUGGAAUUUGUAGUGCAAAUUUUGUUAUACUUAUACAUAUUUAGUGUAUCUGUAGAUUUGUAGUGUCUAUAUAUUAUCUAUGCAUCAGAACAGCCGUCCAAAAAUGACACAAACUAAAUAUAUAUAUAUAUAUAUAUCUCCAUCUCUAUUAUACAUACAUAUAUACUAUACUUAAUGUGCAUCAAAUAUACACAUACAUUUUACAUAUUUAUACACUUACAUACAUACACAGAUGCAUGCAUAUAUAGAUAUAUAUAUACACAUAUGUUUAUAUGCGUAUCAGAUCGAAUAUCGAACAAUGUUAACAGCAUCGUAAAUUUGUCCCUUUUUUUACCAAAAUGUAUGUAUAUUAAUAAGAAGAACUUUACACAAAUA